AUGCAGAUUUCCGAGGGCUUCAAUUCUCUUGGCGCUCAAGGAAUCCAUCUUUCUGUCUCAGGGAUGGUUAGGGAAGAGGGAAUGAGCAAUGGGUCGGAUAUGGAUGGUAGAGGGAAAUGCUUGAUGAGCGAAGUGGUUAAUGGAUCCGGGAGAAAUAAUGGCCAGGGGCUUCGCACUUAUAAGAGGAAAAAGCUUACAGCUUCUAGUUCAGAGAGCAAAGAUCUAGGGGAUGUCAGUGUUUCUGGAGAAGCUGCUGGGAAAUCGGCAGAUCAGGAGAUUAUGAAGGAACCCCCGGACCAUCCUGCUGGUGGUCAAGCUGAUUUAGCUAGUUCAAGUGAUGUUUCACGAGGGCAGUGGAGAAAUUAUAUCCUAGAGCAAAUGUAUAGGUCGUUAAGUGAUGAUGAAGGUGGUAUACAAGGGUGCAUCCAAGAUGUACUUAGGACUUUGAAGGUUUCUGAUGCUUGUGACAGAGAUAGGUGUAAGUCAAAGAAAGUAUGGUUGUCAACUCCCAAUUUGGCUAAACAAAGUGAUGGCCAUAAAUCCAAUGAGGCUUCUGAUGAACCAAAUCACCGCACUGUAACGGAUAUGUGUCGGCUUGCAUUCCAUGGGAUUAUAUCAUCUGAAAAAUUCACCUCCCUAUGCAAAUUGUUGUUUGAAAAUUUCCAUGAAAGUAGGGCUGAUAACCUUUUCAGCCUAAGUCUUAUAAACCGAAGGAUGAAAGAUGGAGCUUAUGAGGAUUCACCCUGGCUUUUCUCUGAAGAUAUCCAACAGGUUUGUAAGAUAAGUAUUACUAGUUUAACUUCUUACGGAGGUGUUAACCUAAUUUUUUGGAAAAAACUUGAAGGGAUUGGAAGUGAAUUGAUUUUCCUUGCGAAGAGCCUCUCGGAUGUAUCGAAGACUUGCUUUAAGGAUAAAUUACCCACACGAGAAUUUGAUUCCUUUGAUAAAGCAGAUGAAACAGCAACAACCACUCUGUGUGCGUGCAGGCACUGCGGGAGCAAAGCAGAUGGAUUGGAUUGUUUAGUGUGUGAUUCAUGCGAGGAUAUGUAUCACAUCUCUUGCAUUGAACCUGCUGUUGAAAAGAUUCCUCCCAAGAGUUGGUACUGUUCCAGCUGCUUAGCUAAUGGAAUGGGUUCUCAUGAGAAUUGCAUUGUCUGCGAGAGGCUAAGUGCUCCUACCAGUGCUCUAGAUAAUCAAAAUGCCCUCCCUACUGCCUGCCAGACAAAUGAAGUUGCAUUCUCUGACUUUGACCAGGCAUCAGAAGAUGAUGCACAUCAGAUUUCAGAAGCUACCGAACCUUCAAACCCUUGUAAGAUUUGUGGGAGUGAGGUGGAGAGUGGUGGAAAGGUGAAGAUUUGUGAACAUCCCUUUUGCCCUAAUAAGUAUUAUCACGUGAGGUGUUUGACGGCUAAUCAGCUGAACUCAUAUGGUCCACGUUGGUACUGCCCUUCUUGUUUGUGCCGGAGUUGCUUAACUGAUAGAGAUGAUGAUAAGAUUGUUCUUUGUGAUGCCUGUGAUAGUGGUUACCACAUCUAUUGCAUGAGCCCGCCACGUAGUUCUAUACCAAAAGGGAAAUGGUUUUGUAGGCAGUGUGAGGUGAAGCUUCAGAAAGUGCGCAGGGAAAGGAAGGCGUAUGAGAACAGAGAGGGGAAAAGGGGCUUCGACGGGAUGCAUAGGAAGUCGAAAAGGAAGAUUGAAGACAUGGUUGAUGGUAGGGAAGGUAUAAAUUUGCUUCUGAAUGCUGUUUUUAUUGAAGACAAAUUGGCAGGCGAGCAGACAGGGGGUUGAAGCAUGAGCAACAAAUGAGUGAAAGAAAGGUUCCUUCGAUAUCUUAAGUCUGUAAAGAACUUGUAGCUUUUCUUCCUGACUUUUUGAUACAUAAAUUAGGGCAAGGUAAUGGCUCUCGAGACUUCGUAUAACAGCUGGAUGAACUGACAGGUUGGUCGGAAAAUGUAAUUACCAUUACUGAGGUUGAGUAUGUAUGAGGCGAUGAGACGAUUCUGUCGAGGAAAGAAGGGUUGUGUUCCCCCUCGCUCCAAGUCAUGUACUUGUUCCAGAAAGCUAAUUGGUCAAUCAAAAUUUUCUACUUGAUGCUGCUUCUAAAUAAGAAUAAUUUGUGAACAAUUUCUACUGGCGAAAUGCAGCCAAUUGCUAAUCCUU